AUGGCUUACAUAGCUAAAUCCUUCUAUGACCUGCAUGCUACGAACCUUGAGGGGGAAAAGGUGGACUUCAACGUUUUUCGGGGAAGGGUGGUUUUAAUAGAAAAUGUUGCUUCCCUGUGAGAUACCACCAUCAGGGACUACACGCAGCUCAACCAGCUGCAAUGCAAGUACCCGCGUCGGCUGGUAGUGCUGGGAUUUCCAUGCAAUCAAUUUGGUUACCAGGAAAACUGUAAGAAUGAAGAGAUUCUUAAUUCCCUGAAGUAUGUCAGACCGGGAAAUGGCUUCGAACCUGGUUUCACCUUGUUCCAAAAAUGUGAGGUGAAUGGAAAAGGCCCUCAUCCAGUCUUUGCUUACUUGAAGGACAAGCUCCCUUCUCCAGAUGACGACCCGGCGGGCCUGAUCACUGACCCCAGAUAUAUAGUAUGGAGUCCCGUACACCGAUCUGACCUGUCCUGGAACUUUGAAAAGUUUCUCGUUGGCCCUGAAGGAGAACCUUUCAAGCGCUACAGUAAAAGUUUUCCAACGAUCAACAUAGAACCUGAUAUCCAGAGACUCCUGAAGCUUGCCAAAUAA